AGAAAAGUGUUCACUGCCUGUUGAAUAGUUUUCGUCGAUAAGAUCAGUCCUAAACUUGAUAGUCAAUCUUAAAACAUUUUGGAGUAGACCGAAAGUCUUUAUUUAGUUCUUUUUGGGCACAUUUAUGAAGCCAUUGGCAGUUGUCAUUCUGUCAUCUAGAUUGGCUCAUAGCGUGAAUUCACUUGCCACUUGGAGGCUGUGGAGUACGUGAAAUAUUGUUUGCUUUGGAUACCCUUCUUGUAUUACCUGAUUCCUCAGAACAUUUGUUUAUCUGGCAGUACGUCUUGCUUAAAGUCGACGCAGUAAUCGGGUUGCUGGUGCGUUCUACGAAAAUCUGCGUUGUCUCCGAGCAGUAGGGGCGAGUCAGGAGUAUCCGUGCGGUGAACGCACCGGCGAACUCGAGGAACCUUUUGCGGGUAUCCUCGUCGUUCUGAAGAGUGCCUGUGGAGUGAUUGCGCAUCUCUGUGGGUAUCGCGUGGUGGGUUAUUAUGGCGUCUACCGCCACCUUGUACCUAAAGGAUGGAAGCGUAUUUCGCGGGAAAGUUUUCGGCGAACCGCACGAUACUGAAGGCGAAAUUGUUUUCCAAACCGGAAUGGUCGGCUAUCCGGAAUCCCUGACCGAUCCAUCGUACCACCAACAGAUUCUGGUGUUGACGUAUCCAAUGAUCGGCAAUUAUGGAGUGCCGGAUGACAGCUGUGAUGAAUUCGGAUUAUCGCGAUGGUAUGAAUCCAAUAAAAUCUGGCCCAUUGGAUUGAUUAUCGGAGAGCUCAGCCAGCAUUUCAGCCACUGGAAUGCCCGCAAAUCGCUUGAUCAAUGGCUGAAAGAACAUAAAGUUGUCGGAAUCGAAGGCGUUGAUACGCGAUCUUUGACAAUGUGCCUGCGUGAACACGGAACGACUAUGGGCAAGAUCGUGCUGGGAGAUCGCAUACCAAAAAUGGUGUUCGAAGAUCAAAGAAUGCGGAAUUUAGUUGCCGAGGUCUCCAUUAAGAAACCAUCAGCUAAACUGAAUCCCACCGGAUCUCCACAUAUUGCCAUUCUGGACUGUGGUUUGAAAUACAACCAGCUGCGGUGUUUUCUUCGACGCGGCGCAUCCGUUCAGAUCUUUCCUUGGGACCAACCCAUUCUUCCUCUGCAGAAUUCGUUCGAUGGUCUGUUCAUUAGUAAUGGCCCGGGCGAUCCGCAGUUGUGUACUCCACUUAUCAGCAAUCUGCGGGCGUAUCUGGAACAGCCACAGAUUAAGCCGGUGUUCGGUAUUUGCAUGGGGCACCAGAUGCUGGCGUGGGCGGCUGGAGCGGAAACCAGAAAGAUGCUUUACGGAAAUCGGGGGCAUAACCAACCUUGCACACUUUCCGGUACGACCAGAUGCUACAUCACUAGCCAGAAUCAUGGCUACGAAGUGGAUGUAGAAAAAUUGAAGAGUGGAAGCGAAUGGAAAACGCUCUUUGUCAAUGCAAAUGAUAAGAGCAAUGAGGGCUUAAUCAACACCAAGAAGCCCGUGUUCUCUGUACAAUUCCACCCUGAGCAUAUGGCUGGACCAAGUGAUUUGGAGUGUCUCUUUGAUGUCUUUCUUAAUACCGUCCAUAAGUCCAAAAGUGGUGCGGCCUAUAGCGAUCUCAGUUUACCACAAGCGAUAGAUUCAGCUCUAAAGGCUCCUCCUCCACCCUAUCCUGUUUUUGCACAAAAACCGAAGAAGGUUUUAAUCUUGGGCUCCGGCGGUUUAAGCAUUGGACAGGCCGGUGAAUUUGAUUAUUCUGGGUCACAGGCCAUUAAAGCGCUGAAAGAAGAUGGUGUAUCCACAGUUCUGAUUAAUCCCAAUAUCGCUACGGUUCAGACUUCUAAAGGUCUGGCCACAGAUGUUUAUUUUCUACCAAUCACACCCGAUUACGUGGAGCAGGUAAUCAAGGCUGAAUGGCCGGAUGCCAUCAUGCUCAACUUUGGUGGACAAACGGCUCUGAACUGUGGGGUUAAACUGCAUGAUCCGGAUCCGAACCACCCAGAAAAGAAAAGCGUUCUGGAGAGAUACAAUGUCAAAGUUCUGGGCACUCCCGUCGAAGUAAUCAAAGAUACGGAAGAUCGGGAACUGUUCGCUUUGAAGCUGAAGGAAAUUGGAUACAGUGUAGCACCUUCGAAAACUGCCACGAGUGUGGCAGAAGGAGUACAAGCGGCGGAAGAAUUAACCUACCCAGUAUUGGUGCGGUCGGCUUACGCUUUGGGCGGACAAGGAUCUGGAUUCGCGAAUAACCGAGAGGAAUUUGAAGCGUUAGCCACGAAGGCUUUGGCACAAAGUUCGCAGAUCAUCGUGGAUAAAAGUUUGAAGGGAUGGAAGGAAGUGGAGUAUGAGAUCGUUCGAGACAAGUUCGACAACUGUAUUACUGUGUGUAAUAUGGAGAACGUCGACCCAUUAGGGAUUCACACCGGCGAGUCUAUCGUCGUUGCACCCAGUCAGACUUUGUCCAAUUCUGAGUACCAUCUGCUACGCCGUGCUGGUAUUGAAAUUAUCCGACACUUGGGUAUCGUCGGCGAGUGCAAUAUACAGUAUGCACUGGAUCCGUUAUCAGAAAAGUUUUACGUUGUGGAAGUCAACGCUCGUUUAUCGCGAAGUUCGGCACUGGCUAGCAAAGCAACAGGUUAUCCUUUGGCCUACAUUGCUGCCAAAGUGUCCAUGGGCCAUAGUUUGCCGGCACUGAUGAACAAGGUGACUGGUGGGAAGACCACAGCCUGCUUCGAGCCAAGUCUGGAUUACUGUGUUGUCAAAGUGCCUCGAUGGGAUUUGAACAAAUUUCGCCGCGUUUCUACAAAGAUCGGGAGCUCUAUGAAAAGCAUCGGAGAAGUAAUGGCGAUAGGACGUAACUUUGAAGAAGCCUUGCAGAAAGCUUUACGAAUGGUGGACGACCAUUUCAUGGGUUUCGACCCUGACGUGCACAAGUUAUCUGACGAUGAAUUGGAGAAUCCAACCGAUAAGCGCAUUUUCACCAUCGCCACAGCAUUGGCCAAAGGCUAUUCUGUUGACAAACUGCAUGACCUCACGAAAAUUGAUCGGUGGUUUUUGUACCGUAUGGAAGGAAUCAUUAAUUUUGGAGAUAAACUGAAAAAAUUAUCAACUGAUCGUUUCACGCGGGAUAUAAUGCUGGAAGCCAAACGUUUAGGUUUUUCGGAUAAGCAGAUUGCUAAGCUUGCACAUAGUACUGAAUCCGUGGUGCGAACAAGGCGUCUGGGUCUGAACAUUCAUCCCUUCGUCCGACAGAUUGAUACAGUAGCCGGAGAGUGGCCGGCGCACACCAACUAUUUGUAUUUGACUUACCAUGCGGAGCAGCAUGAUGUCGAUUUCAUACCCAACCGGAAGAAUCCCAUGGUCAUGGUAUUAGGUUCCGGAGUGUACCGCAUCGGAUCCAGUGUCGAGUUUGACUGCUGCGCGGUGGGCUGUCUUAGGAAUCUGCGAGAAAUGGGCCGCAGCACCAUAAUGGUCAACUGCAAUCCGGAAACAGUUUCCACGGAUUAUGACGAAUGUGAUCGACUGUAUUUCGAAGAAAUCAGUACUGAAGUUGUGAUGGAAAUAUAUAGCCUGGAAAAUCCCGAUGGGAUCAUUCUUAGCAUGGGCGGACAGCUGCCGAAUAAUAUUGCGACGGAUCUGAAUCGGAAUGGUGUCAGAAUUCUUGGUACGAGUGCCGAAUCAAUCGACAAUGCGGAAAAUCGCUUCAAAUUUUCGCGUAUGUUGGAUAGAAUUAAAAUCGAACAGCCCAAAUGGCGCACAUUAAGCAGUAUGGAGGAAGCUAAGGAGUUCUGCGAAGAAGCAGGAUAUCCGUGUCUGGUGCGACCGUCUUACGUACUUAGUGGAGCGGCGAUGAAUGUUGCCACGUCUGCCUCGAAUCUGGAGUUGUUUCUGCAACAAGCCGCUGCUGUGAGCAAGGAUCAUCCAGUUGUAAUCUCCAAGUUUAUUGAAGAAGCCAAAGAAAUCGAUGUGGAUGCCGUGGCGGCCAAUGGCCAGGUGGUAUGCAUGGCGGUAUCCGAGCACGUGGAGAAUGCCGGUGUUCAUAGUGGGGAUGCCACACUGGUAACACCACCGUAUGAUCUGAAUAAGGAAACACUGGAUCGUAUCAAAGGAAUCGUGCGCGAUAUUGGACGGGAACUGGAAGUUAAUGGGCCAUUUAAUUUGCAGUUGAUCGCGAAGGACAAUCAGUUGAAGGUCAUCGAGUGUAAUCUGCGUGUUUCUCGGUCCUUUCCCUUCGUUUCGAAAACUUUAGAUCACGAUUUCGUGUCAGUGGCGACCCGUGUGGCACUGGGUGAGCCCGUGGAAGCACAGGAUGUGAUUUUCGGGAAAGAUAAACGGGUUGGUGUGAAAGUGCCGAUGUUUUCCUUCUCCCGUCUGACGGACUGCGACGUGACAUUGGGGGUGGAGAUGUGUAGUACGGGUGAGGUUGCCUGCUACGGGAUCGAUCGGCACGAAGCUUUUAUGAAGGCCAUGAUUAGCAGCGGGUUCAGAUAUCCGCCGGCCAACGGAAAAAUCUUUCUCAGCUUUGGGAGCACGAAACUCAAAGAGGAAAUGCUGAAUAGUGUUCAAAAACUGAAAGGCAUGGGAUACCGUUUGUUCGGGAGUCAAGGCACCGCAGAAUACUAUACGAAUCGCAAUGUUCCUGUCACUCUUGUGGACUGGCCUUUCGAUGCAUCUUCCGGUUCUGUCCAGCAGUCGCAACAGCUGCAGGGCAUCGCCAGCUACCUACCAUCCAAAGAAUUCGACUUAGUGAUUAACUUGCCAGAUCGGAAAGGCGGAUCACCGCGCGUGUCCACGCUAAUACCGUCACAACAACCCACGCGAGGCUACCGGACUCGUCGGACUGCGGUGGAUUUUUCCACACCCCUGAUUACCGAUGUGAAAGUAGCCAAACUGAUGGUUGAAGCCAUGGAAAAGUUUCGCCGGCCACCCGAGUUGCGACGUCGGACGGAUUGUAUCACCAGUCGAAAUGUGAUGCGAUUGCCGGGAUUAAUUGAUGUCCAUGUUCAUUUGAGGGAACCGGGAGCGACACACAAGGAAGAUUUCGAAAGUGGCACAGCAGCCGCCUUGGCUGGUGGUGUGACAAUGGUGCUGUGCAUGCCCAAUACCAACCCCUCCAUUACGGACAGAAAGAGUCUGACGAUGGUGCAGAAGUUGGCCGCAGAAAAGGCACGAUGUGAUUACGGACUGUUUUUGGGUGCCAAUGAAGACAACGCGCCGGUUUUGCGAGAUCUGGCUCGUGAGGCAGUAGCACUGAAGAUGUACUUGAACGAAACAAAUUCAACACUUCUCCUGCCGGAUAUGACCUCGUGGAUGGCUCAUUUUCAAAAGUUCCCCAAGGACCGGCUGAUUUGCGUCCAUGCGGAAGGCCCCACUCUGGCAGCAGUUUUGUUGUAUGCGCAUUUGUACGACCGGCCAGUACAUUGCUGCCAUGUGAGCAGACGCGAUGAAAUCCUGUUGAUCAAAAAAGCAAAAGCGCAGGGAACGAAAGUUACUUGUGAAGUGGCACCACACCAUUUGUUUUUGACGCAAGAAGAUUUGCAAACCGAGCCGAUGAAAUGUCGUGGUGCAGUGAAGCCGCCGUUGGCUACGAGAGAGGAUCAGGAGGCACUGUGGACAAAUUUAGAUGUUAUUGAUUGUUUCGCUACCGACCACGCCCCCCAUACAGUUAGUGAAAAAGAGAGCAACAAAUCUCCACCAGGUUUUCCCGGUUUGGAAACCAUGCUUCCUCUCCUGCUGACCGCCGUUCACGAGGAACGUCUCACAUUGCAAGACAUUAUUACAAAGCUGUAUGACAAUCCGCGCCGGAUCUUCGGCCUUCCGGAACAACCGGACACGUACGUAGAAGUGGACUUGGAUGCGGAGUGGGUGAUUGGAGGACAGGGUGCACCGUUGUUCACCAAAUGCCAGUGGACGCCGUUCGAGGGCUGGUCUGUUCGGGGCAAAGUCAGACGUGUUCAUUUGCGCGGAGAGGAUGUUUUUGUGGAUGGGCAGUUGGUGGGUCAGCCGGGGUAUGGACGAGAUGUGCGUAGCGAUCGUUAUGACUUUGAAGUCACGCACCGCCCACGCUUGGAACGCGUAGCUACUCCGCAGGACUUCCAUUUGCCGAAUGGGUUUCCACCUGAAGCUACUCCCGGCUCAGCACCCGGCGAGUCUCCACAGAAAGCAGCGCGCUUUGGCCGAGAGCGAUCGCGAAUGUUGAGUGAAUCCAUGCCGGAUGUGAAUCAUCAGCUGGCUGCCAUGGAUGGAGUGGGUGGUUCGCGUUCCGCAUCGCCCCUCGUGCCGCUGCAUCCGGCGUUAAGUGUUACACCCUCAAUCAACGCCUUGCAACCUGUUCUAUCUAGCCACCAUGUCGUUUCUGUCAGCAUGUUCCAAAAACAGCAGCUGGCAGCUUUAUUUCGUUUGGCAAAAAAGUUCAAAGAUACCUUGCGGAAGAAUAUUAACGUGGAACCGUUGCUGGUUGGAAAAAUCAUGGCGUGCAUAUUUUAUGAAGCUAGCACCAGAACCAUGAACAGCUUCGCUGCGGCUAUGAUGCGCCUGGGCGGAAAUGUAUUGUAUGUCAAUCCGGAUACCUCGUCAGUGAAAAAAGGCGAAUCCCUCGAGGACACUGCCAGUAUGAUGGCCAGUUACUGUGACGUUGUUGUGCAGCGACAUUACUUGCCGGGUGCGGCAAAGAAAGCGGCGGAACGCUGUGGAUCCAAAGCGUUUAUAAACGCUGGGGACGGGGUCGGCGAGCAUCCGUCACAAGCGUUGCUGGACGUGUUUACCAUCUGGGACGAGAUCGGCACGGUGAACAAACUGAUUAUCACGAUGGUGGGCGACUUGAAGCACGGCCGCACCGUGCACUCAUUGGCUAAGCUGUUGACACUCUACCGCGUUCAGGAGGUGCGCUACCUCUGCCCCCCGGGUCUGGAGAUGCCGGAAGAGAUCAGAGAUUUCCUUACCGCCCGUGGUGUGACUCAGAAAACAUUUGAGAAUCUGGAAGAGGCCCUGCCUGAUACGAAUAUUCUCUACAUGACGCGAAUUCAACAGGAGCGCUUUGCGUCCGAGGCGGAGUACCGAGCGGCCUGUGGGAAAUUCAUCCUUACACCAGCGAUGAUGACGCAGGCGCUGGAGGAAGGACGAGAUGGACCGAAGAUGCGGGUGAUGCAUCCCCUGCCACGGUUGGAGGAAAUCGCCACAGAAGUGGAUAGCGAUCCGCGCGCGGCUUAUUUCCGGCAGGCUGAGAAUGGGCUUUAUGUGCGGAUGGCACUCUUGGUUGCGUUACUGAAAGGCCGGGAGGGCCUGGCGGCAAGCGGCGUUACGUUUUGAAAAGUAACCAUCGCUCUUAACGUCUUAGCUUUUUAAUGAUCCGUAUUAUUCCGUCUUCUGUGUGCUGCAUUCAGCAUGUUUAUCUGGUUCGCUGUGGUUCUUCAGUUCUGAAGAUUUUCGCGCAUAAUUUCUGCGAUGUUUUGGGCCCGCAUUAACUGGAAGAUAGGUGCAUAUUUUAAUAUUUUUGGUAGUUUGUGUCAGCUGUCAAAUUCGUUUACCUCGUUUAUGCUCUGUAUUAUAAAGUUGUAACUACUUGUGUUUGCUGUUGUGUUGUUUGUUUUUGACAUGGGAGACCUGCUGUUUCUGGUUUAGCCUCUCAGAAUAACUCUAUAAAUCAUGAAUGUGA